UGCCGGUGCCGUAGCAACGAAGUUUACAGUUGAAACAGAUCUCGCUGUGUGAGCGGGAGAUGUACGCGCAACCUAUUAUUCAUCAGGAUCGAAUAAGACGACGAGACUCUAUCUCUCCUGGUCGUACAACGUCAGCACACACGAGAUUGUCUAGCACCAGGAAGACUAUUUCAAGGCCAUCUUCCAGUCCUCCUGCAGAUACUAAACAUGCGGAAGAGCGCGCAAACAGCAGAGAAUGGUGGCGAUCAUACAUCAAGGACACUCCAAAUCCUGGAGCAUACGAUAUAAAAGACUUUCUCCAUUACCUUGAACAACGACCGGGCUCGUAUAACUUCAAGGGCCAAGGAAGGCAGGGUAAACUCCUUAACUUUCUGGAGCCCGGUGACCAUGGACCAUAUUUGCUGCCUGGUUGCUACAACACCAAAGACUUUGUAGAGGAAGCGUCUACACGACAGUGGUCGUACAAUUUCAAAUCAAUCGACCGUGAAACAGGGCCAAAGAUUGGGCAUGGAUGUGGAGACAAAGAAAUAAGUACAAGCCCAAACCAGUAUGUUAUUCCUGAUGCUUGGGGAGAACAAGUAACAGGCUCCAGAUAUGCAGCAUUCAAGUCUGAAACAAAACGGUUUCCGUCAGCUCCAUUCAAACCAAAAGACGGUCCUUCACCGGGGGAUUAUAAUCCUAAUCACGUCGUUGUAAGCCGGAAAGCACCAGCAGUCACAUCGAGUUUUAAAUCAGUGGUGCCUCGUUUCUAUCUCAAGGAAUCGAGAGUGCCUGGUCCUGGGACAUACACAAAGAUUUUACAGACACCAAUGCCCAAGAUGGUAGCACAAAUGGGACGGCAUCAUGGCAUAUUUUUCCAGAGUCUAUCCGUUUACAGCUGAGAAGAUGAGUGACACUAACAUAUCAACUCUAUGUAAUGCACGAACACACAAAGCUAAGUAUGUUACCUACAGUACUGAUAUUCACAAUAUGGACAGUUAUUAUUAUUGCUAUUUUUUUAUCCUAAUUAAUGUUCAAGUAUCAUUUAUGUAUUAGAUAUUUUGAGUACCUGACAUUUGAAAUAUGGUGCAAGUGUUCGACUACUG